AUGAGCGACUUCUCUGCCGCCGACAAGCGCGCCUCGCUCGACGGCGCCGCCGCCAUGAAGCCGGUCACCUCGGCGCCCGCCAAGGCCGUCGUCACGAGCCACGACCUCGAUGCGACCGACGAGCGCCUGCAGCAGCUCGGCUAUGCGCCCGAGAUGCGCCGCAACCUCUCCGUCGGCGCCGUCAUCGGCCUCGGCGCCGCCAUCAUCGCCGCGCCGUUCGGCCUCUCGACGUCGGCGUCGUUUGCCCUCAUCAACGGCGGCGCCACGUCGUAUUUCUGGGGCUGGUUCCUCCUCUCGCUCAUCUCCGUCGCCAUUGCCGCGUCGCUCGGCGAGGUCUGCUCGCUCUAUCCGAGCAGCGGCGGCGUCUAUGUCUGGACCGCAUACCUGGCGCCGCGCAAGGCCUCGGUGCUCGCCAGCUUCGUCGUCGGCUGGAUCUCCGUGAUUGCCAACAUCACGCUUUGCCUCUCAAUCGCGUUCGGCGAGGCACAGCUCAUCAUGGCCGGCAUUUCCGUCUUCCGCAACAACGAAUGGACGCCCGAGACUUGGCACACGAUCCUCUGCUUCUGGGCAGUGAUGGUCUUCGCUGCGGCGGUCAAUGCCUUUGGCGUCAAGGGCAACUAUCUCGAGCUGCUCAACGUGUCGUCGAUGUGGUGGACUGGCGCAACGAGCAUCAUCAUCCUCGUCACCACGCUGGCGAUGAGCGACGACAAGCGCUCGGCGCAAGAAGUCUUUGCGCAGUGGGAGAACAGCAGCGGCUGGCCCGACGGCUGGUCCUUCUUCGUCGGCCUGCUCACGCCGGCCUACGUGCUCACGGGCUACGGCACCAUCUCGGCGCUGUGCGAGGAGGUCGUCGAGCCCGAGCGCGCCGUGCCGCGCGCUAUGGUCGGCAGUGUGCUGGCCGCCAGCCUCACGGGCUUUCUCUACGUGCUGCCGCUGGCGUUCGUUCUGCCGGUCGACCUCGACUCCAUCUUGACCUCGGCAGCCGGCCAGCCCGUCGUCGUGCUCUUCUCGCAGGUGACGGGCUCCGCCGGCGGCGCCUUUGGCUUGCUCUUCCUUAUCCUCGGCAUCGGCCUCUUCGCCUCCGUCGGCUCACUCACCGUCGCGAUCCGCUGCACAUGGGCCUUCAGCCGCGACGGCGGCCUGCCCGGCAGCCGCUGGCUGCGCAUCGUCAACAAGCGCCUCGACGUGCCGCUCAACUCGCUCUUCGUCAGCACCGGCCUGAUCAUGGCGCUCGGCCUCAUCUACUUUGGCGCCACUGCCGCAUUCAGCGCCUUCACUGGCGCAUGCACCAUCCUGCUCGGCGUCAGCUAUGUCUUUCCAGUCGUGAUGGUCAUCCUGCAGGGGCGCCGGCCGAUGCGCGAUGCGCCCUGGUCGCUCGGCGUGUGGGGCUGGGCCGCCAACAUCAUCGCACUGGCAUGGGUGCUCUUCUCAAUCGUGCUCUUCUGCUUCCCGACGACGGCGGAGAACACGCCCGAGACGAUCAACUACGCCAGCGUCGUCGUCGUCUUCUUUGCGUGCGGCGCUGCAGUGUACUACUUUGCCGGCGCCCGCAAGUUCUACACGGGCCCGCUCGGCGUCCUGAAGGAGGAUGAGCGCAUGCAUGCCAUCGAGGAGCGGCACGCAGCAGGCGCUGCCGCGCCGGAGCACCCCGUCUCGCGUCUCGAAUCAGGUAAGGACUAG